AUGGGGAUCCGAGUGUACCUUCGGGAGAGGAAGCUCAUCCAGACAUGUCCCCUCUCUGCUAUUGCCAAUACUCGUCUUGGUAUCGAUGCGACAUACUAUCUCUCACACCUGCUCUCCGAUGCCGACUCUAGAGAACCUCUCGUCGCCGCUACCGGUGGUCUACCUCUCGGUAUAAUCGCAAAGAUAGAAACCGACCUGCGUGCUUUAGAACGUUUGAACAUAAAGCCGGUCUUUGUCUUUUCAGGUCUUCCACUCGCUUCUCGACCUCCGCAGAAAGGACCCGACCCUCAGGCAGAGCGUGAAACGCAGGUGAAGAACGAAGCGUGGUCUUACUAUGAGAACGGUCAGGUGGAGAGAGCUAUCAUGCAGCUCACAGCGAUUAGGAAUGGGUCAUGGACGGAUCAUAAGGAUUUGUUGAGGUUGAUCAUCAGGUUGUUCAGACAUCGUUUCGUGGAAUUUGUCAUUGCUCCUUAUAUCGAAUUUGCUCAGCUUGCCUACCUCUUACAACAUCCCAAAGGUUAUAUCCAUGCCGUCUAUUCUUCCACCGAAUGCUUGAUGUGGCCCGUCGAACGAGUCAUCACUUCUACCGAUUGGACUCACAACUUCCAAUUCGUCGAGAAGACCAGACUACUCGUGGAUCUCAACCUCACCAGCGAACAAUUCCUCGAUAUGGGUAUUCUCGCUGGAUCAUCCCUCUCCCGUACCUUCCCUCCCAUCGCCAACGACUUUGCAGUAAAGACCGUCAUAGAUCUUAUGCGUCAUCAUAAAUCUGGUAUUCUCGUUUGCCAAAAUUGGCGAGAAUCUCAAUUCAAGACGCAGAAUUACAUUGAUGCAUUUUGGAAAGCUCGUCUUGCCGUCAAAUGCUCUCUUGUCCUUACCACCGAAGGAUCCUGUGUCCCAUUACCUACAGUGGUCGCACCGCUUGGUCAACCUUUUACACUCUCCGAUAUACCCGGUGACCUCGACGAGAUCUUCUCCCCUAGGAUCCCUGAUGAACUCUACUUCUACAUCUGCAAGGGUUUGAUCAGCUCUCAAGUGGUGGGAUGGAUAACCAGCGGGAUUAUACACGAAAACCAACCUUUAGCCGAUACUACCGAUUACCACAGGUUCAUUAAAGAUGUCAUCACCGAAGGACCCACAUCCCCUCGUUGCACCACUAUCGCCUUACUCCUCAACGUCUUACAUCCCGACUGGUCAAAACGUCGGAUCAGCGCUCAUUAUUUCUUUGACCCUCCUUUCGCUGGUCCUCAAGGUACCAACAUUCCAUACAACGACGCCACUACCCAGUCCCUUGUCGAGAAGCUAUCGGGAUGGCAUGUACCCAUGCCUACCAUUGAGUCGGAGCUGCGACGACAGAACUCUUCUACUAUCGAUCUGAAGCUCUGUAUAGGUGCUUUAGUCACCGAGGAAUUAGCGGCUCAUACUCGAAAAGACAAAGGAAGCAAGGCACUUGACAAGAAGGAUGAGCUAGUCGCCAAUGUUCUCUGGCGUCUUAUGGAAUUGAGAGGCUUUAUCAAUGCCAAUCACACACAAACUUUAAUCGGUAAAGCGUUGUACGCUGCUAAUGCGGUGUCCCGUGUGAAUGAUCGAUUCCAAGAACCACUGUAUCUCUUGCUAGAGUUACUACGAGCUGGAGUUGUCCAUGGAUCAAAGUGGGGUGGUGAAAAUUCGGAAACUUUAUCGGGUGGACCAAGUUUCGGAACGGACGAGGAGCAGAAGAGUAUAUUGCUUAUCAUGCGAUGUAUCUCCAUUCUGCCUCUGAUGUCAAGACCCCAACAAUGGGUUGGUCCUUUAUCUCGAGAGUUACUAGUCUUCAACUCUUUCGUCAGAGCAUUAUCGAAAUCCCUUAGACAUCUCUGCGAAGCCGUCUCCGUCCAUAUAUUACUUGCAGGAAGCGCUAGGCGGAACAGAGAAGAUUACCAGGAUUUCAUGCUUAGUCUGCCAUUCCAAAGCGAAGUCAAUACGGGUUUCGGUAUUUUGACCAAAACCUAUCUUGAUGCCACCACCUAUCACUUCGAGGAUACUAUCACCGAGGCUGAUGCCAAUUCUGACCGAGCCAUCCAAGCUAAGAAGGAUGCUUUGUCGUUCGUUGAGCAAUCCUUCUCCAGUGUGAAAUCACCUUUACAGGAAGUUGAAAGGGGUUUCAGAUUUUGGGAUUCAAUCAUGGCAGCGAUACGAUCACUCGAUAAAGAACAAGGACCCAACCCUUCAUUGGCUCAGAGAGUGGUAGGCAAAGAUGUGAUAGAACAGUUUGAAAAUGCGGACAAGUGGUUGAAACCUAUGAGACCGUAA